UGCUACUGACUACGGCACUGAAUUUGUCACAGCUUUUCCAGAGAACCUUGCUUACUACUAUCCAGCAACUCUCACCCUCACACUGAAAAUCACCACCUUAGUUGAUGGCACUAAUAUUCAAGUCUUCUUAAAUAGUCAAAGUAUCUGGAGCUCGACAAACUAUGUGAGACAGAAGGUGUAUUAUGUCCCUGUUAAUAACGGAGAGGUGAAUCAGAUUGGCCCCUCUGGGAAUGUGGUCAAAAUUACCAGCAACAACAACAUCACUGUGUAUUCUGUCAGCGUCCGAGGAGACAGCAUACAGACCAGUGUUGUUCUACCUACAAGAAACCUGGGAAUGAAUUAUCUGGUCCCUUCCUUUAAUUACACCGAUCUGGCCGUCAGGCUGAACACCUAUAAUGUCUCCCAGUUCAUUGAUACGACCACUGUGCCGAUGGAUUUCAGUUUCAGACUCAUUAUUAUUAAUGCAGAAGCAGUUAACAACACCGUGACGGUGACCCAAACCACUGAUGGUGGGGGUACCACUGAUUCUGUGAUCACAAUCGGACCUUAUUCGCUGAACCAGCUGCCGAGCAGUAAUUCCUAUUUUCAAGUCUCAUCCACGGGAAAAGUGGCUGUGAUCCUUACCAAUCCGUGUAUCGACACCCCCAACUGCAAGUGUAACAUGGUUGCGCACCAACUCCGUCCCACCAGCCUACUGGGAGAUAGUUUCCUCUACCCUUACUAUAAUGCCACUGGCAUGGGUCUUUUUGUAGCCUCAGAGAACAAUGUUGAUAUCACGUCUGGCUCUCAGAAGUCGUCUGUUAGUCCUGGUUCUAUAACCAUGCUCCCUUAUUUCCCAGGUCUCAGCACCGGAAGCACAAUCCUCACAACAUCACAGCCAGCUUCCGUCAAUGUAAUCUAUCCAGGCCUUAUAGUCGAGCUCCUCCCCACAACAAGUUUUGCUGGCUGCUUCUUGGUACACAGCACUGCGACUGCCAACACUAUGGCUUUAAUCAUAGCUCUAACCAGUGAAAAGGAUAAAGUCCAAAUGGGCACUACUCCUCUGUCUGCAACCUGGAAUGCUCUCAAUGAUACAGGGUACUCAUAUACUACCGCAAGCAUAACCAAUCCGUCAUCAAAUUUUAUCUGGCAUCCUUCCUCACCGAUUGGGGUGUACAUCAUUGCGACUUCAAACAUAGCGGUGACUUUUGGAGGUCCGGCAAUUGUUUUAAACGACGAGCCAGAUCCCAACGGUUGUGUUGUGGUUCCUAUUCCAUUUGCUCUUUCUAACAACACAAUGAGUUGGCAGGCAUCUCGGGCUUACUGUGAAAGUCAAAAUAUGGUGUUGGCGAGUCCCAACCUAGAGUUUACGCAACACAAAAUUGUUCAGUCGCUUAUCAACAUGAAUGCAGCAGGUGGCGUGUGGCUCGGCAUGCGACGCAACCUUACCACCUCUGAUUGGUACUGGAAUAGCGGCAACGACAUCACCUUUACCGAUUGGAAAGACAACGAACCUUCGAGCGGCAUGUGUGUAUCCCUUACUGUGGACAAAAGUGCGGAUUUCAAAUGGAGCACCAAGCGCUGUUGCACGCCCAUGCAGCCCAUGUGUCAAGGAAAAAUGGUAAUAUUGAGCUCCAUCACUGAUACGGGUAGUUAAGCGAUUUAGAUGUUGACCACCACCAACUCAGACACGACCACCAGCAUCAGCAGCUCUUUAUUUCAUGUUUCUUUAAUAUGUGUUAAGUCCAACCUAAUACUAACGACACAGCAAUCCAUUAGAUGGAUGCUAAUCAUCUUAUCAGCAUAGUGCAUUGCUAGUGAUGUUUUAACUUUUAUUAUAAUGAAAAGUAAAUAUUUAUCUUGCUGCUUAGUAGCUUAACACUUAAUAUCGCAGCAGCUCAUCCUAACACGAAGCAUUAGCCAGUACCAAUAAAGAAAGAGUUUUUUUCCAUAUUUUUCAGCAGUAGCUGCACUUCUCACAUCCUGUAACUGUGUGCAGAUUUCCACUGCUGUUUGUCAAAAUUUAUUUUCAUCACAAUUAUUCUAAGGAUAUUAUACAUGAAUAAUAAUAAAAAAAGCUUUAUUUUCCUUUAUCCUGUAAAUAUCUCUAUCCUAUACAAAUAUAUAAUUAUAUAAGCACAUAUGGCACAUGUAACACAUUUUCUUGGAAUAUUUAAUGCAGUGUACUUACAUUUUAACACUUGAGAUUAUUUUAAUCCUUGUUACUGUAUCCACAGAGUAUACUAAAAAUGUUUUUUUCU